AUGCAAUCAUCAAGCAACAAGCAAUCACUUUCAUCCCCCUUUCCCCCUCCCCGUUUUCCCCUUCCCUUUCCACUCACCAUUCCUCUCCCCUUUCUCUUUCCUCCUCCCCUUUCUUCCUUUCUCUUUCCCGCUUCCCUUUCAUGCGCUUCACAUGCGCUUCACAUGCGCUUCACAUGCGCUUCACAUGCACCUCACAUGCGCUUCACAUGCGCCCCACAUGCGCCUCACAUGCGCUUCACAUGCGCUUCACAUGCGCCUCACAUGCGCCUCACAUGCGCCUCACGCGCGACUCGCUUCCUUGCACCGAAGCCCACCAAUCAGCACCCCUCUAUCCGUUCCUUCCCCUUCACCCUUCCCGCCACCCUUCCCCCCUUCAGGAGUCAGGCACGGAGCUCACAUGCGACUCACCUCCUUGCACCAAACCCCACCGUCCUGCACCUCAAUCUGUUCCCCUUCCCCCUUUCCCAUUCUCCCCACCUGCAGGAGUCAGGCACACAGCUGGCCAUGGGCCUCACAUGCGACUCGCCGCCCUGCAAUAAGCUCCGCAAGGGAGAGGUCGACACCGAGGUGGGUGGUGCAGAGUGCUGCUGUGAGUUUGCUGUGCUGUCAAGCUGUGGUGAAAAGCUAUGCUGUGCAUCGGAGGCAGCAGAUGGGGUGCGGCUGCUGCUCAUGGAGAUAGUUGAUAAUCAGCUCCCUGCUCACGGGGAUGUCUUGUCCCUGCCACCAGUGUCCCUGCCGCCAGUGUCCCUGCCGCCAGUGUCCCUGCCGCCUGUGUCCCUGCCGCCUGUGUCCCUGCCGGCUGUGUCCCUGCCGCCUGUGUCCCUGCCGCCUGUGUCCCUGCCGCCAGUGUCCCUUCGUUAG